AUACCGGCAUGUGGGCGAUCCUUCAGGUACUUGAUCCAUUGUAGGAGUCAAGUGAGAUUUAAGUAAAACUCCAUUUGAGAUGAAACAGUAUUUUCCGUGCGAGAAUUCUGUGCGGUGAAGCCUGAAUGUGCCCUGUUUCUUCGGACCAUCGCUGACCGAGACUUCACAGGGUUAAUUGAGUUUUGCACGCGCGCGGCACGGAAUGGCAAUGUUACUCUACGGGCCGGUUUCGACUGUAUUGUAAAUAUCCCCACGCUCAUGCUAAUCGAGGUUGUAACUUUCCUGCCUCACUCACCAACAUGACCGCUUUCCUUGCAUUCUGCCUUGCAUUGGCGUCUCAGGGACUCACUGCCUGGGCUCUCGGUUUCACUGCCACCGCAAACCUUGUUCGACCGGUCAUUGCAGCGAUUGUCGCUUUGCUUACUUGGUUCUUCAACCGGGCCAUUCUCGAUGCAUUGCCUAGUCGUCUCCAUGUGGCGCUGCUGUCUACAGGAAUGUGGAUUCAGUGCUUGAAGACGUCUGAUGAUUUAUGCCUGAGCAGGUUGUCUUUCGAGGGUACAUCGCCAUCCUUCACGAAGCGUGCGUCCUUUGGGGUCAGCCAUCUUUGGAACAUGCGUGGUGUUGGUACCAGUAAACAGAUAUCCCAGAUCCCUCCCUGGUCUAGCCAGACACCCUCUCUCGUACCGUCCCGCAGCCAGGAACUUAGAAGACAUGUAAAGAAUGCCAUCAUCAGCUAUCUCAUUCUCGAUGUCUUUGCCGCUCAACCACCCCCAGAUCCCAACAUGAUAUCUCCUCAGAAUGAGCACUUUCUGACACGCAUCGGACAAGUCAGAUCCGAAGAGGCAAUCUUUCGUUUCUUCGCCACAUUUGGCUUCUGGCUCAACACCUUCUGCGUCAUUCAUCUUAUCAACAGUACCGUUUCGCUCAUGUACCUCAGCCUAAACUUGUACCCGGUCGAAAUGCUACCCCCAAUCUGGGGGCGUCUCUCCGAGGCUUACAGCAUAAGGCGCUUCUGGGGUAAUUUCUGGCAUCAGACGCUACGACGUCACCUCACCUCCCUUUCAGAGUUCCUUGUCCAUGGGAUUCUUCACAUGCCAAGGGGUCUUGUUGCUCGUUACUGCAAGCUUAUCGUAUGCUUCUUUAUUUCUGGGGCUUUGCAUUUCCCUGCUGAUAGAGCGCUUGGGAUAUCUGCAAAGGAGAGUAAUGUUGUCACAUAUUUUGUUACUACUGCGCUGGUGAUUAUGUGUGAGGAUGUAGUUCAGCAUGUUUUUCGAGGCGUGCGGGGGAAUUGGUCAAGACGGUUUGGGUACUUUUGGGUUAUGUGUUAUAUGUAUUUGAUGACACCGUCGUGGGCCUAUCCUGCUGCAAGAGUUGUCAAACCUGAAGACCAAUUGGUCUCCUUCUCGGUCAUUAAGCAGUUCAUACAGUAG